CAUCAUUUUCGUCUCAUGCGAUUAUUUGGGUGUAUUAUACUACUAACUAAUACACAAUUAUUUGAACGAAGAAUAUUCUUUAAAGAGGAAGAAUGUAUUUGUAAAAUCUCAGCGAAAGAAUUUAAAUCAAACGUUUCGCCUGGCAAUCUGGUCCAAGUUUUUUCAAGGAAACAUAUAUAUAGAUACAUUCUUACUCUUUAGUGUCUCACAUUAACUCGGCGCCCAAAUACUGUGAAACUAUUCGAUCAAAUUUAGACGAAAGUUCUUAUUUAGAAGAAUAUUCUUUUCAAUAAUUUCUCAUCAGGUUCUACAAUUAUAAAUCCAGAUUAAUAAUCCAUAAAACUCAUGUUUUUGAAUGAAGGAUUGUUUGUUAUAUAAAAUCAAAUCGUUAUUCUUGGAGUUGACUAAUAUGUUGUGUUAACUUGAAUCAGUUUACAAGCGAAAUGAAAUUGUGGAAUAAAUAGUCAGCAUAAAUAUGGUCAACAUGGGGUGAGAGAGAAAAUAAUGUAAUAAAAACCAUAAAUUACGCAAUAUGUAGAAUAAAAUGAAUUAGGUCAGAUGUAGUAGAAUGGGGUGGAUGCUGAUCAUAUUCCUCAAAAAGUUAUCAAGUGUAAUAAUAAUAAUAACAAUGAUAAUAUAUACGAAGGACUGACUAUAGUUGUUUGGCUCUACCUAAAAACUCUUCGUCUGUUCAAGAACAUAGCCUCUUCAGGGAUAGAAAUCAAAACCAUUUAAAUCUCCUGGUGAGUAUGAUAUGAUUUAGUCUCUUAAUCGAAAUACAAUGAUGAUGAGUUCUAUUUAAACUUACACUAUCAACUAAUGCUCCUUUUCUUUCCUGAACAAAAUUAUAACAAGACAUCCUUUUUCAUUCCCUAAGGUGGGUAGUUGUCUCUUGACACGGUUGGACUCUACUGGUAAUAGCUUUUCAUCAUAAACUCCAGGAACCCCAUCUCAUGAUGGAAGGUCCUGAGUUCAUUCCAUGGACGCGCGGUCGUACGUGCGCACUGUCAAGAGAUCAAUAUCAGGCUGAGACGGCUGUCCACUGAUUCCUAAUUUCCAGUGGUUGUUUCACUAACGUCAAUUCGUGAUUUAAGCUAUGAGAAUUAUGCAAUUUUUAUCCCGUAUUAACCCUGUUUUUGUUAAUGUUGGUCAUUAUUUUAUUCACAAGAAUAAAAGAACAUGAUGAACAGAAAAAACGUCGUAAAGAACAAAUAUCAGCUGAAGGCGAAGCGUUGAGAAAGAAUGCAACAAUUGAUUUAUUAGAACGUGAGAAGCUCGAUCAAAUCUAUCGUGAUCAGAUGAGAAAACUAGCAAAAGAAUUUCAAGACCAAAUUAAUGGUCAUAUACAAAUGAAAGAGAUUGAAAAAUUAUGUGAUGAAGUGCGAAAAUUCUAUUGAUCAACUGUUAUGCUUUUUCACUAAAUUUUGGAUAUAUUACUUAUAAAUACAUAAUCUAGGUAUAGACCGUACUGGAAAAUCAAAAAUGUGAGGAUAUAAGUAGUUCAUAACCAGUGUCCUAAAGUAAUCGGUAAUGUGUCUUAAUUGUAGUGAUAGCACCAACGUUAGGGCCCAGGCACAUUCAAUUGGUAAAUCGUGGAUAAGACGAUCACACUUCUCUAAUAGCGUGUAUAUUUAAUUUAAAACAUAGAACUUAUUUGCAUAAUUAAAUAAAAUCAAACUGCUUAUCUCUUGUAGGAGUAGGUAGAAAUCUUGUGUAGAUGAAAUUGAAACAUGGAAUCACUUCAUGAAGUCACUAACCGUUGGUCUAAGCCGUGUAGGUAGGUGAAGAAUAACAUAAUUAGUGUCAGCAUGGCUGUAUUAAUGAUUGAAAAAACUAAGUGAUAUGAUUUGGGAUCGGGGUAGAUGCAUUCAGUCAUCGUCUUUGCUUUAGUUUUAAAUUUUGAAAUCGUCCUACACUUUUUAUCUAAUCAAUGUAUUCUUUGUUUUCCAAUAAUAUUAUUUAUCCCUGACGCUUUUUACUACAACUGUGAUAUCUGCUACCUAUCCUAACAGAUAGUAGUAGUAGUUGUAGUAGUAGUAGUAGUUGUUGUUGUUGUAGUAAUUGUAGUAGUAGUAGUUGUAGUAGUUGUAGUAGUAGUAGUAGUAGUACCAAUCAAAAGUGUAACACCUGGGAGCAGAAGAUUGCAGUGAAGAGAACAGGUAGAAAAUAUGAAAGGAAACGAAAUAACAACAUAAUUAGAGAAACGACAGAGCAUGUAAAGGACGAAGCAAAGAUGUGCAAUUGGUGUAUUUAAUGUGUAACUUCCAUAUUUAACCAAGCCACCGUGUGAUAUUGCAUCAGAUAAUAAAUUGGUUUUCCCCAUCUGAGUUUUUGUUCACUAUACAGCCGCCACCAUUUAUAGUGUUACUACAUUUACUGCCCUAAUAUCUAUUUAUCUCAAAAUACUGGCAUGGUGAGGCAACGUUCACUAAUGCACAUGCGUGCGCAAGUUUUUACGUUGCUUAUGACUAGUUGACUGAUUGAUUUGCCCGACUCUUUAGAGUCUGUAUUCGUUACAAAAUUUGGAAACUAGUUAACAUCCAUUGUUUAUAAAUUGAAUCUAAUUUUUUAAAUAUUUCCAAAUAUCUAACAGUAGGAAAAAUCUAUCAAGACGCUUUAUUACUUCGUUUAGAGACUGUAUCACAUUCUUUGAUAUAUUCUGAUCACCACGUAAUAAACAAAAACUUCUGUUAUCACGUAAACUUUGUCGUUUUAGUUAACAAGCUUCUCAUAGGAAAAAAGAAAUAGAGACUAGCAGAAGUGAUUUGCAAGAGCAAUGUAAUGCAUGCCCAAUAAAAAGAGUCAUCAGUGAUAGUAUGUCAAAUAGUUUUAAGAAGACGAGAAAAUAUAUGAUAAUGUGAACACUAAUGACUCCUAUUACUUGGCGCCUCAAAGUACUGAUUUAUUUAUUUAUUUAAACACAUAAACAUUAGUACAAGGAUGCACCAAAUAGAUAUGCGCCACAUAAGUCAUUCAAUUUGUGUGAGAUCUGGGAUACUGCUCGGGUGCCCAAACCGAAGCAGAGUACUGAUUUCUAGUAAAUCGUAAACCGUAAUGGAACUCGUUCUCGAAUUUUACCGAGAUCAAAAAUGCAUAGAUUUACUAAUCGGUUCUAUUACUAAACUGUGUAAAGAAGCAAUCUAUUAAUAAAUUUUGAGUCUAGGUGUAUAAAAUGUCAAAGGUAUACUCCCCAAGCAUUUAUACAGAAAAUUUUAUACUUUACGUUACAAAAUUGUGCUUUCAUUCUAGCAGUUUAUUCGCCAAUGAAUAAAGUGGUGCGUAAUAGAUUACUUCAGCCUGAACUAACGAGCCUAUUUAUAACGACUUUACUGUAAAUAAAAAUUUUUUACUGUACUAUUUUUGUACUAAACGAUGAAGCAUGGUCGCAUUCUUUUACCGGCUGAUGCAGUUAAUAUUAAAUACCCUAGGGGUGGUCGUCAAGACUUCUAACCCUGAGAUUUAGACACUAGGUGUAGAUAUUUAAAGCCGACUGGAAGCUGGUUCAUUUCAUGACACUUAAACUAGGUUCACCUAAUUUGGGAUAAUUUAAUUCCUGCCAUGAAUUGGUUAAGGUACAUACUAUUCCCUCAUUUAAUUUUCUGAAAAUUAACAUUUUCCUACAGGAAGAUUCUUUUUACUAAAUGUUCCUCAUCUUUAAAAAGGUCGAGGACAUUUAUCUGUUAUCGUUUCAUUUUUUUAAUAUAUUGCCUCUUGAUCUAUUCCCCAAACUAUUACGAAUGUCUUUCCACACACAAAUAGAAUAAGUCUGUUUUUUCUUAUGAAUAGAUCUUUGAACUGAGGUUUAUUUUUUUGUAUUAGCCGGUAGCUAUGAUAGUGAAUAGCAGUUUAUCCAUAUUCAGUAUUCCAAAACGUCAACGUUAAAACUAUUUCACUUAUUUAUUAUCAAUAUACCACUCAUCUAAUUCACCCUAAUUAAGACUUAACAUAUUUAGCCAUUGUCUCUUUAUCAAGUUCACUGCUAUAUUCAGUAAAACACGUUAUUACCUAAAAUUUACAUGGAACGAAGAAUGCGCGUUUCUUUAGGGCUGAAAACAUAAUCUGAUAAUACGAACGAAACAGCUACGUAAUACCUAGUUCGGAACUUAGAUUUUAUCUAUCAUUUGUUUUGUUUUUUUAAUUUACCAAGAUAAAUAUUCUCGAUGUUAGGCUCUAACACGUUCAUACAUAUCUAUACGAACCACUUCAACAAAUGUAUAAUCAAAGAGUAAAUCUUCCAUAUUUUGUUUAUCUUUUCUCAUUUCCAAUUUUGUGUUUGUUUUUCACAUUACAUCUAAACGAAAAUCAAAGGAAAUUGAAGAACAAUGUCGAUUGUUUGCAGCAGCUAAGAUCAAAAUGACAAAAAUGCGUAUCAUGAAGGAACGUGAUAUGUUUCAGUAUGUGAAUUCACACACUUCAAAUUGCACUGAAUUUAUCAUUAACCUGAAUGCUUGUUAUUUAAUCAUUAUAAGUAGCUACUAUUAAAUAGUAGUAAGUAAUUAGGAGUUGAAAUAUCGUCUGUUAUUUAUAUAUUAACAUUAAACUGAAGGAACCACUGAUAAUCAAGAGGCACUGAGCAACUUUUUCGACCUAUUUUGAGGCUGUAUAUCACUCUUACUCUACAACUGGGUUGGAAAUGUAAACCAUUAGAUUCUAACCAAUAAUAAUUUAAGUGAUGAGCUCAUCAAUAUGCUUAAAAGCUCCAUGUUCAGUCUUUCAGGGGAAUCGAAAGUCCAGAUCUGUUGUUAAUAAUUAUAAAGCGAUCGAUUUUUACGAUAUACAUAAUCAGAAAAAACGUCAGUCAUUCAAGGUUUAGAUUGGCAUGGAUUUAUCGAACUGAUAAUGAUAAUAAUUGUCUAGACUGGCACUAAAGUGUCCAUUCAUUCAAUAAUUCAAUUUAGAAGAGUAAAUCUAAAAUCUUCAAAAUGUCUCCCACUCCAUAAAAAAUCACAGUAAAUACCUCUUUUUCAUAAAUAUCAGACAAAAAGAAGCCGAACUACAAAAAAUACAAGAAUAUUUAUCAGAACAAUUGAAAAAUGCACAAACUAAUGAAGAAGCACGGUUAAACAGAGCAACAACAGAAAAAGAAGAAAAAUACCAACGAGAUACAAAAGAAAGAUAUGACAAACAACUGAAAAUUAUCCAAGAAAUCAAUGAAUAUAGAGUGGAUGAAAUAGAAAGACGUAGAAAACGAUUAGAAGACGAGAAACAAAUAGAAUUAUGUGAAAUACGUGGAAGGAUAGCGGCUGAAUUGGCAUUAACUGAAUAUGAAAAUGCAUGUAAGACAAAAAAACUGGAAGAACGAAAGCAAUUAUCACGACAGUUACUGCAGGAAUCAGUAAGUUUGAUUGUUGAACAUGAGUUGAUUGUACAGUUAGGUAUAAGAGUCAUUUCUUGCAGACGCCCGCUAUAGUAUAUAUAAAGCACCCCAUCGACAUUUAGAAGGUUAUUUGUGCACUUUUUUUCUAUUUCAGCAUUUAAUCAACUUUUGUCAGGAUAUAGGCUUCUUAAGAGAAUGCAUAGAUAUUGCCUGUAUUUACAGUGUGAACAACAACACUAAGGUGUUGGUGUCGGUUCUAUUGCUUGUUUACUAGGAAUAUUUAACAUCGAUUUCAGUUCCCAAUCGUAGUACUGAACACUUGGUCUGAGUAAUUCAUUAAAAAAUCACUUUUUUCAUACUGAGGUUAUCCGUGCAUAUUUUGUUCAAAAACCAAGAAUACUAAUAGAAGUAAAAAUUUUAAACUACUUAAUGAUUUAAUAUUUUGGAAUAAACACCAAAACUUAUAACACGCUGUAUUAAUAACUCAUACUACUUAUUUUCAAGGUUUGAAUAAUUUUUUCUGGUUAGCGUAUUUUUAGCGAGUUAGUUUUCUACGGGUUGGGGACGCUAACCCCAUGCCCAACCCUCCUCCUUUAUCCGGGCUUGGGACCGGCAGUAGCCCCCGGAGGGACUCCGGGCGGAGUUUAUUUUCCAAAGUAAGUAGUAACAUAAUGUUAUCAAUUAAUUAUACAUUAAUGUUUACUCAUUAUGAAAUGCGACACAGAUGGUAAAACGAGUACUAGCCAAGAAAGAACGCAAAGCAGAAAUUGAAGCGAUAACCAAUGAAAAUAAACUGAUUCAAAUGGAAGAAAAAUUUUUUCAAGAUUACGCAACUAGAGUAAUUAAUCAUUGUAAAGCGAACGGUCGAAAUGUUUAUCCAUUGGAAAAAGCAACCCAUACAGGAUCAAUGACUGGUCUAGGCACCGGUUUACCAAGUUUAGUGACCAUUAAUAUGAAUCAUCCAACUGAUGAUCAACACAACAGUGAUCAAUCUACGAGUACGAAUGAUCAACGUUACAAUAAAGAAGUGCGCAACAAUGCUAUGUUAAAUGGAAACUUGACAAAUAAAAAAAUUAAUACUAACAAGCGUUUAGGAUUUGUUUGGUGAAUAUGUAUCUAUGUCUUUUAUGAAUUUAUAUUAAUCUCUUGAAAAUAUGUACUCCUUUACAAAGUUAUAUUUAUUUGUUGGUUAAAGUAAAGAUAAGUAUAUCUGAUACUUUUUCACUUUAAAUGAACAAACGAUGAGACUGGUUAGAUUUUACAUUUGAGAAUCGAAUUUGGGUGACAUUCAUAGUGAUCAGAAUACUUGGCUUCUAACUAGCAGGUUGUAUAUGCAAGCCCCGCCACACUUAAAUAGGUUUUGGCAAAUGGACAAUACUAUUGAUCCCCACAAAUAAUGUGUUUGUGCCUCAAGGCCGAGAUUAUAUAAAUCUGCUUUGAUGGAGUUAGCUAAUCAGAAGUAGCCAAAGUGGAAGGUUACUUGCUGUUAUAACUUGUGGUUUGUAACCUUGGUUCUUUGUUUUUCACCCCGUCGUCAAUUGUUAUAACGCUCGAUUUUACUUCGUCCAAUGUUAUAACGGUUGGGUUUCCACGUUUACAUGUAUGGGACGUUAAUUUACCUUAAACGAUUAUCUACACUAGAUUCCCUCCCAGUGUCUAUUCUACAGGACGUCAAUACAACUCAGAUCAAUAAUACGUGAUUAGUCUGACCACAACGUAAAUAUAUUCCCCCCCCCAAAACCUCAUACAACCCAACAACAAUCAACAAUGAUUCACAAUAAUAAUAAGAAUAGGGGAAUAUAUAACUCAUCUGACACCUGUCAGACCAUCUACAUAUGUCUGACUAAGCAGACAACCAAUCAUUAUCGUUCUCGCCCAUACAUCACUUGCUGACAGUCUGAAGUGGCCGGAAGGACAACUACAUAUCAUUGCCAAGGAAAUGAAUCCAUUUUCUAAGGAGUAGAAAUGUAUUUAUAUAAACGUGUAUUUAUUCAUAUUAUUCAGUAGUUCAAUAGACUUUUUCUCCCACUCGUCGAUUUGAGGGGUUAGCGCGUAACAGGUUGUGUAUCAGUUUCAGAUCUCGGAUAUCGCCCAGCACAACACUUUAAUAAAGGGACGCCAUCAUUAGCAAUUACAAAGAUAAGGGGAACCCAUUUUGUACGAUAACACACCUGAGUUCAUUGUUCUGGUUCAGUCAUCAAUGGAUUGGCCAACCAGUUAUUCAAAAUAAGGAGACUAAGAAUGUGUAGAAAGCUUUACUUUGCAGGUCAAAUGAAUAUUGGUCUUCUGAAGACAAAGAUACCUGGGCAGUGAAAAGUCCGUCAACUCAUAGUAACUCCGCUAACAUUUGCACCAAGCACUUAUCUUGUUUUUAGAACAGUAUUUGGUCUAUCCUGUUUGGUAGCAAUAUUUUAUCCGCUUGAACUGUACCAGAAUACUAAAGUCACCAUUUUUCAUUGAAAAAAAAAACACUAACUAGGCUUAUGAUUCAUCAAUUUGUUGACUGUAAUGAUGCCGUUUAUGAAGGUCAGAUUCAGUCCUUUACAUUACAUCCAUUGAGACAACAAAAUGAUCCUGAAUUAGGAUACAAUACUAGUGAGAAGACCAUUAUUGUUGUAGUCACAUAAUCAACAGUUUGAGUGGAUUCCCAGUCUCCAAAAACUAUCAAUAAUGCGCAACAGAGAGAGUAUUCAGACAUAUAUUAUUACUCCUUAGACUCUCAACUCAAGUGAGUAGAGAAGUGAGCCACCAGAUCAUAACGACACUCAGUUUACAAUUCUUAACGGGUACACUACAUACUAUGUUGAUUUUAUAGGAUUUGUAAUUAACUGGACUUUAUGAAUGGUUAAAGAUAUAACACAAUAAACAAGCAGGCGUCUAAUAGCACAGAUUCUGCUUCCAUUAAUUUGAUACCACGUGACAACUAUUUAAUCUCAUUGGUGGCAACUGUCCCACUUCCAACAUGUUUGGACCCAUCAGUCAAAAGCAUCUUGAAGUAAGCCACGAUUAACUUGGCUAUCAUAGUUUAGUUGAAAGACUUCUGUAAAGAUUGGCUUGUUUUGUAGGUUUUUCUUCGUCACAAAGUGACCUCACUCAGGGUAUCAUUGGAAACCAGCACCUGAUGAGGUCGUAGGUGCCCAUUACUGAGCAGUCACAUACUAGAAUGGGAUAGCUAUCCAUCGCUCUCUGGUUUUCAAUGAUACACUGAUUGAGAUCAAGCUGUGAUGAAUGCAACUUAUAGGACCAAAACUCACCAGCAAAUAGAUAACCCAGUUUCGUAUUCCUCUUGACUUUUUCUAACAAUUUCCACUUUUUGUAUGGCUACUUAUGCGUGAACAGGAUAAAAAUAAUUACAAAUCAUAACUGUCACGCUUAUCACAUUACUCUAAACAGACUUGUACCCCCCAAUAGAUCUGUGGCUCCCAGUGAAAUUUAUCAAUAUUUUUACACUAGAUAUUAUGUAUUGAUUUAACUCAGUAUGCUAUCAUUUCUUGGAUACUAGAUGAGCUAUUUCUGAAGAGUACUAUAAAUAUAAUUAGCUAUAAACCACAAUUUCCUAAUAUGGUGUCUAGUGAUAAUGUCCAAACCGAAUCAGCCGGGAUGGGGUUCAAACCUAGUACCCAAUAGUUGGAAGUUGAUCACUUUAACCAUUAAGCCACAGCGAUUAAUACAAAAAAAAUUUGAUACCGUGUAUAAUAAACCCGAUAAUAUAUAAAUCAACAAUUAUCCGUACUGAAAUUUCGAUAACCUGUAAUAUAUACACGUAAAUCGUAUGUAGAAAGGACACCGAUGAAAUCGAACCCCUGUUUUGGCUUCAUACUUGGAGAAAACCGUCAAUAAAAUCUAUGUAUCUAUCUAUCUAAAGAACCAGUGGAGUAAUGGAUAUAUAAAUCAAUAAGAUCUGAUUAACGCUAUCCGAUAUAACUGAACUAUAAGGGCAAAGUUGAGCAACGGCUUUGUGUGACCUUGAACCGUUAUGACCCAUUCGACCAAUCAGGAAACAGACAACAUAAAUGAAUGUUUUAUGAUGUCAGAGCUGGGAUCUAGGGAUUAGCGUAUAGAAUUAAACAUUUGAGACCGCGAUUAAACUUAUAAAGCAAAAGAAAAAAAGCAAUGGUCUCAACAGUAAAUUUGUAUUUGAUCUAGUACAUAUUUAACUACAAUUCAAAUUAUCAGUCCUUCAAAAAUAAAAAGUGCUUCCAAGCUCCCACCGCCAGCACAACUUAAGAGUAACGAUUUCGCACUUUACGCCUCAAAUCUUUAUCGCAAUCAGCAACAUGAGCAUAAAACUCAUUCACAUCCGGAUCACACCAUAAACCUCGAGGAUUAUGAUAAACUGGGUAGUCAAACCAAUGACCAAUUUUCCAGCCUGCAACAUCACCCAUUAAAUUCUGUUCGUAUUCGCGAUUUUUUCGUAAUUGCUUCAAGUAUAAUCGUUCUUGUUCAGCUAUAAUGAAAGGAGCAAGGGCGAUUCGACAUUCUUCGUCUUCUCUAUUAAUUUUAGCUUGUUUUCCUUUCAUAUGUUUGAGAACUUUAAAGCCCACAUAUGUUGAAGUAUACAAUGCGCCAAGUGUUAUAAGACCUUAUUAAUUAUAGAGAUGCAUCCAUAAAAAGGUUGGUUUAGUGGUUUACUAUGAAAAAAGGGUGUUUAAAAAGGGCUAAAAUAAUUUGUAAUAUGAAUAUGUAUUCCUUUAUUGAAGCAGGAAGCAGCUAGGAACAGUGAACUAUACAGCAUGCUAAAAUAAUUGUGAUACAAAAUCGAGGGUUAUAUAUAUAUAUUUGUAUUGAAGAUGGUGAGAGCUAUGUAAUUUGACAGAUUGGAUCAGUCAGAAAUCGGCAAAAUGAUAAAUGCACGUGGUUGACUAGGAAAUGGCUUUCAACUUGUAAGUUGCUUUAACAACCAUACUGAAGUAUAACAACUGUGAGUUGCUCCUUUUAGAUAACCAGGAUUUGUAACAAUGAUACCCUCCCAUAAUGAAAAGAGUAGAUGAAAGAAGUUUAAUUCUAAGAAUACCACACUACAUCCUGUUCUAUAGAUUCUCACCGCCGGCUGUAAUAUUCGAAAGUACAGAAUCAGAAACUGCUUUUAUGAAGGAUGUGUGCACUGGCCUGAAAUAGUUGUCCCUUGCUCAAUCUAGUCAUUUUCACAGGUCAUCAAGAUUAUACCUAACGCAGUUGCAUUUUUCAGGUCCUUCAAAAAUAAUACUCUGUUAGACAAAUAUGCUCAUUAAUACAAAGUAUGGUGCGAUAGUCCACAGACAUAAAGUGAUGUUAAGUAUAAUAGCUUUGUAUAGUUUAGGCAGGACUUUGGUAAGAUCUAUCAUGUACGACCUGUCGAAUAAUCUAGGUUUGGUUUGAAAAUUCUGUUUAGGAUGGGAUUAAAGGUACAGCAAAGAUAAGUAAGAUAGUUUAUAAGUCUCUUACGUUUUACGCAUUAUCCAGAUUAUUUUAAAUGUUAAUACUUAGGAAAUAGAUUUGGUAAAAUUAACAUGAUACUAAUUAGUCAUAGUGACUACUAAUCGUUGCUUCAAAUUAGUGAGAAGGAUUUACGAAUUAUUAUUACGGAUGAUUAAAACAGAUCGGGAUCUUAGAAGAUAGUUGCAGUCCGAGUUUUGUGAAAGCUUUAAAGAGAAUAGGCUGGUGAUAUUACGAGCCACUAAACUAAGAAAUAUUAAAUACUGAAUUCUAAAGGCAUCCAUGCUUAGCAACAUUAGUACAUUUUAACCUGUACUAAGUAUUUGGUAACCAGACUUAUAUUCUUUCUUGACUAAACUUCAUAUAAACUUGUUAUAUAUUUUCCUUUUCUUAUUGUACGACAAAAGAACCCUUAACACUGAUAUUUUGCACCUUUAAUAUGGAGCAAAUGCUUGUUUUGUUGCACCUUGGUGUAUAGGAAUAGUAUGCAUUUUGGAUCACCAAAGUGUAAAGUACAUCUAUAAAACUAUCAAAACCCUGCGGUUGUCCUAUAUUCAUCUGGAGAAGUGAGCCCAUGAAAACAGUUGAAUUCAUGUAUAUAGAUAUCUGCAUGAACUAUAGCGGUGUAACGUAUGAGAUUAUAUUUCAUAUAGCAGAACUUAGAAUGACAUUUUAAUCUCUACUACCUUUGACACUGUUGUGAUGUUAAUCUGACUAUAAAAACUGGAUGCAAGAUGCUGUGUAAAGAGCUUUGAUUUACGCUAAUAAAAUUUGGUCUUUCUGAGUUAGGCAUAUUAAAUACUGUGUUUUUAAUAAUCUAUCCUCAGGUAAUCCAUUAUUUUCUGUGUUAACACUGUGUAACUAAUCCGGAAUCUUUGAAAUGUGUUUAAAGAUAACUAAAAUCAUGAUCCAAUAUGUUAAUAAAUUGAAAUACCACACCCAGUUGACUACAUGUAUUUUAUGUAUCUUUCCAGGCGUCCUUAUAAUGAGUUUUAUUUACUGACAUUCGGACUGUGGAAAAAAAUCAUAGGUGAUCAGUUUAGAUCAUGGCAUCAUGAGAUGAACGAUUCAUGCUCUAACUUGGCACUCAUGAAUUUCUUGAAACUUGAUAUGACGUCUAAAAUACCAUACAACUUGGCAACUUCAAAUAUUAUCAAUCGUAUCCUAAAUUAAAAGGUAGUGACGGUCAAGAUGGAUGUUUUACAGUGCAAUUCAGGUCAACAGUAAGACGUAACUUCUAAAUGAAAAAAACCUACCGUAAUUACAUUCUUAUUUGUAUUAUUUAGCAGAGAUUAUUCUCCUCAUUUAUUUUUCACCCAUAAUUUCCCCUAUGAUCCCCUUACAAUAUUGUCAUUUUACUUUAUAUUGCACUUCCUUCGAAUUCUGUUGCACCAAGCAUUUUCAUUUCAAAUAAAAUAAGUCUGGUGACGCCUGAGAAGCCCAAAAAGAGUUUAAGAGUUAGUUGAUUCAAUGUUGGAUCGAACUUUUUUCUUGUUACAGAGUAGUCUACCAGUGAUAUUGGCCUCUCUAAGACAUCCGCCAAAAAAUAUUGAGCUCGUUGAGACACUACAAAAGUCAAUAAGCCAGUUGAUCGGAUACUAUCAAGGCUAGAGACAGCUGGCAAGUGUUAACAAUCAGAAUGAGCAUAUGAAAUGCGAAUUUCGUUGUAAAGAAGCACACAGAAUAACAGUAAAGAUGUCGAAGUGGAAUAUAAUGUGUUUUCUCCAACACAUUAUUCCCAACUUUACUUGCCUGCUGUAAAAGUAUAUAUCACAUGCUAGCCAGUAAAUUCAUUGGUUGUGGAAAAAAUCAGGUGAAAGAAACAAAAAUUAGUACACCAAAAAUGGCAUACCGUGUACAUAGCCUUUUGGCAUUUUUCUUGAGACAUCAAUUGGAACGAAACCUCCGGGAGGAGGCAUUUCUUGUUUGUAACCAGGCAUUAUCUGGAAAGAAAAGUUAAUAUGUAGAUUAACACCAAACGAUGAUACAAGCCCAAUUAUUGAUCAUAAUGUAAUAAAUGAAUGGCGUAUCAGAAAAAGAUUAUAGAUGUAACAACAGUGAACGAUAUAUUAGAUGCAUAGUAUCUGCAGACAGUAGGUUAUUUAUGUGGUUAUAUCGUUACUGUCGUACUGUUUAUAUUUUGAAACGGGAAACACUAAAAUUUCCAUGACGCAGUGACUUAUCGACAAUCUAAAAGCACAUUUCCAAAACAUAAUGUCUUUAAACCCAAAAUACACUCAUUCAUACAUUGAUUUUACAUACACUUACUGAUUAGCUAAUAAAUAUUACAUAUAAGAAUACACAUUUAUUAUAAAAACAUAUAUGUAGCUCAUAUUGAAUCAAUACAACGAAUAAAAUAGUCACGUUGGACCAAUUUCAUAAUGAGUUGAUGCAAAAAUAGUAAGCAAAGUAAUACCACCUUUUUAUCCCGUCAUAACAGUUUUUAAGUGUACAUAGAAUGAAAAUACUUGUUAGUUGUACGAAUGAGAACCUCACAGUGUGAUACUGUGGUUUUCUUAUGAGGAUAGUAGGUUGAUGAACCUGUGUUAAUCCUGACACAUUGCUUUCCAGUGAAGGUCCAGCUUCUCCUUGAAAGUAUUCACUGAUGGGGCUGAUACUACUUGUUCGGGUAAGGUGUUCCAAUGAUUGACUACUCGAUGAGAAAAACGGGACCCCACUUUAAGUUUAUUAGAUCGUAGUUUAUGAACCUUCUUCCUAUGACCUCGGAGAUUAUUAGUGCUGGAGGGAGCAAAAAGAUAAGACAUAUUAACACCCAAAUCAUAAUUAAAGAUACGAAAUGCCAGUAUAAGGUCACCUCGUGUCCUACGAUACGACAAAGGGAAAAGGUUUAGGCGUUUUAAACGCUCAUCGUAAGGGAGUCUAGAAAGACCCUUCACUAAUUUCGUUCCCACACGCUGGACACGCUCAAGGGAGUUAGUAUCCUUUACCAGACACGGGCUAGCUGCUUGGAUACAGUACUCUAAAUGUGGUCUUACAUAUAUGGGAUAAAAAUUCGAGACGUUUCCUCGUCAAAAGAUUUGAACGCUCGGCGAAGUGACCAUAACGCACGAAAACCUUUGACAUAGGCUGCUUUGCAAUCCGUAGUUGUUUUUAAAUCAUGACUUAAUACUACUCCUAAGUCUUUAUGCUCUUGAACGCAUGGAAGAGGUUUACCCUCAAUAGUGUAACGGUAACUAUUACCGUGACCGAUGUGCACUAGUACACUCUUCCUAGCAUUGAUUUCUAAGCCCCACUCUCGAGCCCAUCUAACUAAAUCGUCUAAGUCAGCUUGAAGAUCCACAUGAUCAGCCGCACUUUUUAUUGUUCUCCAGAUUUUUACAUCAUCCGCAAACAAUAAUGUUGACGACCUAAGUAACAGAGGUAACUCAUUAACGUAGAGAAGGAAGAGCAGACGGCCUAAGAUGGUGCCUUGGGGUACACCACUUUUGACCGGCUUCCAAUCGGAUAGCGUUUCGUUGACCCUCACUCUCUGUCUGCGGUCACAUAAGAAAUUUCUUAUCCAUUCAUGUACAGUACCUAUUAUUCCGAAGCUCGUGAGCUUCUGCAUAAGACCUACGUGUGAAACCUUGUCAAACGCUUUGCUAAAAUCUAUGAAUAUCACAUCGACAGACAGACCGUUAUCUAGGGCUGCUGUCCAAUCCUCCCUUGCAAUGAGCAAGUUAGUCAAGCAUGAACGCUUGUUACGAAAUCCGUGUUGCUCAGGAGCUAACAGAUUGUGUAAAUCUAUGUGGCUUAGCAACCUAACCCGAAUUAUCUUUUCAAGUAACUUAACGACUAUGCUAGUUAGACUGACAGGCCGGUAGUUAGAUACUAUCUGUCUCUGACCGUCCUUAAAUAUAAGACUGGCUAUAGCGUCCUUUCAAUCUCUAGGGAGUUGAGCGAGUGAGAGGGACAUGUUGAAGAGUGUCGCAAGCGGUUUUGAAAUAAUGUCCGCAAGAGAUGACAGCAACCGUGGAUGUAACCCGUCAGGGCCCGGUAUCUUACCAGGUUUGAGGUUAGUUAUCAACGGAAGGAUAGUUUCCUCAGUCACCUGUACAGAUUCAAUGGUUGGUAUCUCGGUGUGAGUGGGACAAGUAUUUGUUACAAUAAACGUAGAGAAGACUUCGCUAAAAUAGUCUGAAAAAGUCUCAGCUAGUAAUUCUGAAUUUUCGUGUAACAGUAACGGGGGAAUACCAUCACUACGUUUCAUUUGCCGUUUAACAUACGAAAACAAUCGUUUCGGAUAAGUACGGCUAUCAUAUACUAACUGUCGUUCGUAAGUGGUACGGGAUUUCGCUAUGGUUUUCUUACAGAUAUUACGGAAUUUUUGGUACUCACGCUUAAAUGGUGCAUGACCUGUCAACAAGAAUAAGUCCCAGAAAUGUUUCCUACGCUUUAACAGCUUCCGGGUUUCCUUAUUAAUCCAUGGAGGGCAAUGUGAUAGCUUACGUGCUGACCAUGGGAUAAACGGCGACGUUACGGACUCGAAUGUAGCCUUAAACUUAUUCCAUUCAUCUUCGAUCAAUCCAUCCGCGUCGACCGACCAAUCAGUCGAGAUAGCACAGUAUCUGAUUUCCGGAAUAUUAGCUCGCCAGAUAUUGGGACGGGGUGUAGCAGAUACAAAUCGUAUACCAUGUGUCCUAAACUUAAAGUGAAUUACAACUUGAUCACUGUUCACUAGUGGGGGAAGGUGCUGGAUAUCAAAGGCAUCCUCACAGUGGUGAGUGAGGGCGAGGUCCAGCAGUGACGGAUCAUGUUGCAAAUCAAUAUGUGUCGGUUUUGUGAUACAUUGUACAAGUGCACACUGAAUAACGGUAGAUAAAAGGUCGCUAUCGAAACCACUACCUGGAGCUGUAAGCUCUAUCCAGUUGAUAUGUGGUGCGUUGAAGUCCCCAAUGAUGAAACAACAUUCUGCCAUACUCCAAGAACAGAUGUGUCUUAGGAUAAAAUCGUCAGCAAGACAAGACGGACUACGGUAUAUUCCCCCUAUAGUCACUAACCCAUUUCUAGAUUUAAUCUUACAACAUGCAACCUCACAUGUGCCACUGAUAUGAGCCUCCGAUAUGGUUGAUUGUAUAAGAAAGUGAUCCCUAACGUAUAGUAUUAUACCUCCCCCUUUGCGACUUGAAACUCUAUCACUUCUGAUACAGAUAUAACCAGCAAUGAAAGAACAGUCUAUAUCAACGGUGAACCAAGUUUCUGUAACAAUGAUUAUAUCGGGACAUAAUUCUUCCACCAUCAGAAUUAGCUCGGAUGUUUUAUUUCUAAGACUACGAGCGUUCGUGUAGCACACACUUAAGGUGUUUUGGAAAUCAAUCGUUCUACCCAUACAGGCCUCGGAAGCAUUGGUUUCCAAGACCUGACUACCUGAAAACCCUUAAUGGUAAGGUUAUUUUCGCCAUUUAAUUUGCGAGUCCUCAACUCCGUAAGAGCAUUCUUCCACUUGAUUCGAUCCUCAAGUGGCCAAUCUGGUCGAAUACGGAUAUUUGAGGCACGAGUUUUUAGUGUGCUUUUCAAUAAUAUGUCUCUUUCUUCAAAACUCCCGAGAACCAGCUUCAGGUUACUUCUUGGUUGGGUCUCGCCUCCAACCCAUUUACCAAGUCGUAUUACUUUUGUAAUAUGUACCCCUGAAACCUCUUCAGGUAGUACAUUCCUUACCACAGACUCCACUAACUGCAGGUCAUGUGCAUGUCUUCUAGCAGGGUCGUUGUCUUUCGACUCCUCUAGAUUCCAAAUAAUUAAACUAGGGAGGGGUUUAGCUUCUUUUGAAACUGUGUUUACAGCUUUCGACCGUGACGUUAGAUCCUGUAUUUUAACUACUGGUAUCUUAAGAUUAGUUUUUAUUGUAACAGAGUCCUGGGAGUCGAGCGAGUGACUCACAACAAUGUUAGAAGCUUUACUAUGGGACUUUGGCGGAGUGGUCUGAGAGUCCACCAAGGACUUAUCAAGUAAACGGUCAUUAGUUUUAGCUGUCUUUCCUAAUCUUCUGCGUUUCCGUGUCAUCCAUAUUCCAUCAGUCGUAGCAUCCACAUUAGAACCACUCGGGACAGUAAUUGUUUUAUCUGGGUCACCGGUCGCUGCUGUAGCAACAUGGCUACCAAUAUCUAAUGAGGUGUCACUCAUUGAUUGUUUCGGGGUAGACGGUUUAAUAGCGGGUUGCACAGUUAGAUGUCUGGCUUGCGCCGUGAUAGCACUCACGACACUAACGCAAUCUUCGCCAUCAGUACCAAUGUUGCCAGUACAGCCCUCAUCAACCUUCUUAUUAGCCAACACCAGGAGACUAAUUGCUUCCUGGAUAAGCAAUGUUUUGCUCGAGCAACAAAAACUACAAAGUCAAUGAGAGUUGGGCUUUGAGCACCUUUUACAUGCAGUGGGGCUUAAUCGGGUGCACAUCUUAUGGAACCACUUAUUACACUCAUUACAUUGCAUCCCUUCAUCCACGGGAAAUAAGCAGUAUGGUUGUCCACAUUUAUAAGUAGACCUAGCCAUCUUGGAAAUCAACUAGAGCGGUGACAAAAACAGGAUAUGCAAAAGGAUUUUCAAACCUUAACUAAAUAAAUCAAGUAAAAGUCGACUAAGUAUGCUUAGAUGCAAUAAAUACACAAAAGCAAAAUCGAAAAACUCAAUACAAUAUCACUUUAACUGGGGUAGAUGCAAUUAAAGUGUAAACAGUAGUUUUGAUGCGUAAUUUACGAUCAAAACAGUUAAUUAACUCAACGAGAAAGAAUACCACUGUCAUAAGAAAACCACUUGCUUCGGUCUGGGCACCCGGACAGUAUCAUGGCCCAAACACAAAUCCAACGAUUUAUGUAGAGCAUAUUUACUUGGUGCCUCCUUGUACUAAUGUUUAUGUGUUUGAACAAAUAAGUAGCUGUACGGCGCAACUUAUUAGACUAAUAAAUAUCCCCAAAUGCUUUGUACAGUUAAGUGACUGUUUCUGCUAGUAAUUGUAAAAGUAUUAUGCAAUGAACGCCAACCACUUGUAUUAGACACUAUUUGUUAUAUAUGUAUUCAUAUACAUUUUAGAAAAAUAAUAUCAUACCAAAUAAAAAUAUUGAUUUAUUAAAUUACUGAUGAGUGGAAGGACUUUACACUCAGGAUCCCAUCAAGCCAGAAAAAAUCGUAAAAAGUGUCAACAAGAAAAAAGUCUGUGUAAGGUCUGAUUACAGCAAUCCAACCAAACGACCCUGAAAUCAGAC